AGAUGGAUUUCCGUCUCGUCCCGCGGGGCGAAGAUAGAAAUUACACAGGGUUUCUCACCAAGACCAUCGUCUACGUCAGCACGUUGGUCAUCUUUCUUGCGUCAUUCGGUCUGACUUUGAGCUCGAUCAUCGUUCCUAAAUGGGCUACCUAUGACAGCGACAAGCUCCAUAUCGCCUACGGGUUACACCGCCGCUGCUCCUCCCUUACCAACGUUUGCGAAAGCUUCCCGCAAAAGGAUGACUGCCACGGCGAAGACCGGUACUUCUGUUCCAUGUGGCGCUCGGUCGGCUUCCUCAUGUCCUUCGCCAUCGUCCUACAGGGCAUGUGUCUGGUCGCAUACCUCAUCAUUCUCUCCGGAGGCAAACGGUUGCGCGAGUCCGGGUGGAAGAUUCUCAGCCUGCUGCUCAUCCUCGGCGUUCUGGUCCAGGCCGCCAGCAUGUCGAUUGUGGCUUACCUGUACGAUAACGAACACCGUUUCUUUGUCGGCUGGAAGCUCGGCGAGUCCUGGAUCUACUGCACUGUCAGCUGGUGCACUGGGCUGCUCUGCACCGCCGCCAUCAUUGCCGCUGGCCGCACCCUGCCGUCAGAGGGUGGGUACGAGUUGAUUCCAGACAAUUCUUGAUCUUUUUGGUUUUCUUUUUCUGUCUUUCUUCAUAAUGGCUGGUCCAUUUUACGUCGGAUAUUUGCGCGGUAUACUAGUCUUUGGUAG